AGGCUUUGUGAGGAAAUGCAAAUCUCUAAGUUCUGGGAGGGGACUGAAAUGUUGAGCUAUAAGAGAAAGAGGUCUCUCUCCAUUUCUCUAAAAACUCUUCCUCUCUACAUUCAUGAUGCAGCUGUUUGGAGCUCUGGUUCUGUUUACGACUCUUUCCACAGCAUGUGGUCUGAGAUGCUACACCUGCACAGCCACCGAGCCGAAAUCCUGCACAGACACCACAUCUUGUGCCGUCCUCUUCAACCGCUGUUAUUCUACCGAUCUAGCAGGACUCGUGGUUACCAAGGGCUGUAUAAACGACAAGCUAUGUGUUGGUGGCAUAGCUUGCUGUGAGGGGGACUUGUGUAACAGCGCCACACUGACUGGUCCCAGCACUAUUCUCCUGCUGGUGUCUUCCGCCAUCAUCACACUUUUUCUCUGAAGCUCCAGCUGAGAAUAUGUUGUGGUUUCUAUGCUGCUCUUUUUCUCACUCAGUGUAAAACUUCUUUGAUUUUAAAAAGCUGUGAAUUGAUCGUGUUCCGUGUACAAAGAGGUUUUCAAUCAGGACAAACAAAACAUUCCUCAGGACAGCUUUGUUAGGAAUCCCUGAUUAAAAAAAAAAAAAAAAUGACAAAACACGACAUUAAAUAUGAACAAGCAGGAGAAAAUGAUAAACGUGUUGAUUUGAUGAACCUGAUGAUGAACAAACAAGCAGACAAUGUAACUGGGUUAUUGUUGUACCUAUAAUCAAUAAAUAUGACGUCAAGAAAAUA